GAGCGACAUUAGCAGAAACACUGCACGGUAGUGAGGGAGAAAGCGAGACAGAAAGAGAGAGAGAGAGUGACAGAGAGAGCUAGUGGAAGAGCAAAAGAGAGGGGGAGCUGACAGAAGGAUGUGGGAAACUAUACACUGAGGAACUACUCAAACCUGAAGAAUACUUUUAUGACAACGUGUAUGGGAGGUUGGACAGGGACCACAACCUGUGGAGAAAAUGGGCAGCUGCACCCCCCCUGUGCCUUCCCUCAACGUCACCGAGUCAGCCAACACAUCAUGGGCCGGGGAGGCUGGCGGCGAACCAGGUUACAGUGAGGUGGAGAUGGUCCUCCUAGGCAUGGUUAUGUCACUGCUGGUCGUUGGCAUCGUGUUUGGCAACAUCCUGGUCAUCAUAGCCAUCUACCGGUUCCAGAGACUGCAGAACAUCACCAACUGCUUCAUCACCUCUCUGGCCUGUGCCGACCUGGUCAUGGGUCUCAUCGUGGUGCCGUUCGGCGCCUGCUACAUCAUCUUCAACACCUGGCACUUCGGCAGCUUCUGGUGUGAGUUCUGGACUGCCACGGACGUGUUGUGUGUGACGGCGAGCAUCGAGACGCUCUGCGUGAUUGCGCUGGACCGUUACCUGGCCAUAACCUCUCCGUUCCGCUACCAGUCUCUGCUGACCAAGUGUAAGGCACGCGUGGUGGUCCUGCUGGUGUGGGUGAUCGCUGGACUCAUCUCCUUCUUACCCAUCCACAUGAAGUGGUGGAUCAGUGACGACGAGGAGGCGAAGGCCUGCAUCCAGAACAGCAACUGCUGUGACUUCAACACCAACACAGCCUACGCCAUCACCUCCUCCAUCAUCUCCUUCUACAUCCCCUUAGUCGUCAUGGUGUUUGUCUACAGCCGCGUGUUCCAGGAGGCCAAGCAGCAACUACGCAAGAUCGACCGCAGUGAGGGGCGCUUCCACGCCCAUAACAACAACAUCGCAGGAGGAGGAGGGGUGGAGAAUAACAAUGAGAGCCGAGGAGUUGGAGGAGGCUUCAGGAAGACCAAGUUCUGCCUGCGGGAACACAAGGCCCUGAAGACCCUCGGGAUCAUCAUGGGGAUCUUCACGCUGUGCUGGCUACCCUUCUUCGUCCUCAACGUGGUGGUAGCCAUCUGGAAGGUAGGGGACAUCGGACUCGCCUUCAGGAUACUCAACUGGAUAGGUUACGCCAACUCCGCAUUCAACCCCUUGAUCUACUGCAGGAGCCCUGAGUUCAGGAACAUCUUUGUCCUGUACUGAAGCUUUGGCAGGCACCGCUUGUUGUCAGAACUCCUGCUGCACAAAACAUAAGUCAAUAUGGGUCCAAGUUUUUUUAUUGGAUUUUGUGUUUAUAUUCAUAAAUACGUGGUGAAAGCAAUAAUUGUUUUUAUUUUUGUUACUUUAUGUGAUGUUCAAAUUUAGUAACCAUUUCACUUCUUUUGCAGUAGUAGCUUACAAAAAACGAAAAUUGUACAAAAAAGACACAUUGUUUUAGACUUUGAUCCAUAGACAUCAAGAACCCACAUUUGAAUGAAUGCAAAAGCUUGCAUGUGUGCUCUGUAUGUGUUUGCGUGUAUUGAACAUUUGUGCUGUUUUUUAAUACUGUGGUCUGCUGUGUUUCAUGUGUUUUGGAAAUCUCUGUGACGAUUUUUUAAUACUAUGGUCUGAUGUGUUUCGUGUGUAUUGGACAUCUCUCUGCCAUUUCUUUAAUAAUGUGGUCUGUUGUGUCAAAAAUAAAUAAAUAAUAAAAGCUUCUAAAGAAGAACAUCUAGCAUAAACUGGCCACCUACACUGCUCCCUCCUGGUCCUCUCCUGGACAUCUACACUGCUCCCUCCUGGUCCUCUCCUGGACAUCUACACUGCUCCCUCCUGGUCUUCUCCUGGACAUCUACACUGCUCCCUCCUGGUCCUCUCCUGACCAUCUACACCGCUCCCUCCUGGUCCUCUCCUGGACAUAUACACUGCUCCCUCCUGGUCCUCUCCUGACCAUCUACACUGCUGCCUCCUGGUCCUCUCCUGACCAUCUACACUGCUCCCUCCUGACCAUCUACACUGCUCCCUCUUGGCCAUAUAAACUGCUCCCUCCUGGUCCUCUUCUGGCCACCUACACUGCUCCCUCUUGGCCAUAUAAACUGCUCCUUCCUGGUCCUCUCCUGGACAUCUACACUGCUCCCUCCUGACCAUCUACACUGCUCCCUCUUGGCCAUAUAAACUGCUCCCUCCUGGUCCCCUCCUGGCCAUCUACACCGCUCCCUCCUGGUCCUCUCCUGGACAUCUACACUGCUCCCACCUGGUCCUCUCCUGGACA